AUCGAGAAGCUUGUUCGGACCCUUCCCUUUUUGGAGGAGUGCUCUGAUGUCUCCACCUUUCGAGCCCGUGCGAGUAGAAGGAGCAGCCCGAACGAGAAGAAGGGAAAUGGCCAGCAGGAGAAGAGGGAGGAGGAGGAGAAAGAACCGGAGAAAUCCGGUAGUUGGGGCACAGAGCUCGCGGAAACCACUUCAUGGCCGGUGCUCAGAUUCGACGUCCCCCCGCGCAGGGUCUACCACUUCUGGCCGCAGUUCCGCACGGGCGCCAGCCCGAGCGACAACUUCCUCAAAGGGGUGAAGUGGUCUCCAGACGGCUCCUGCUUCCUCACCAGCUCAGACGACAACACCCUCCGCUUGUUCUACAGACCCGAGGAGGCCUUCAACGAUCGUGUGGCCCGCGAGGCAGCUGUAGAUGAUCAGGAUUCCUAUGCUUCCAGUCUCAUGGUGCAGCGAGGCAGAACGGUGUACGACUUCUGUUGGUAUCCCUACAUGGAUGCAUCAGAUCCAACUACCUGUGUAUUUGCAACCACUUACCCGGUGUGACCAUCCUUUCAUCUUUGGGAUGCUAUAUCUGGUCAGUCUCCGCUGGCAUACCGGGCAUAUGAUGCCAUGGAUGAAAUAACAGCUGCACUUUCCAUCUCCUUCAACUCCUCUGGGACCAAGCUCUUUGCUGGAUAUAAUUAAAGCUUAAGAGUGUUUGAUGUACAUCGCCCUGGUCGAGAUUUUGACCAAUAUUCUUUGCAAAAAGGCAAUGAUGGCCCCCUCAGGUAUUGUAUCUUCAAUUGCCUUUUCUCCACACAUAGUGGGAUGUUUGCUAUUGGCUCUUACAGCCAGACAACUGCGGUAUAUGCAGAGGAUAAUAUGGAAGCUUUGUAUGUUUUACAUGGCCAAGAAGGUGGUGUUACCCAGGUUCUGUUCUCAAAAGAUGGAAAUUAUUAUAUACUGGAGGACGAAAGGAUCCAAUAUAUUUUGUGCUGGGAUAUUCGUAAUACCAUUGGGGUUGUUUACAAAUUGUACCGAUCAGCGGAAUAUACAAAUCAGCGAAUAUCAUUUGAUAUAGAGCCUUGUGGUAGGCACCUUGGUACAGGAGGGCAGGAUGGCCUAGUUCACAUUUAUGACCUUCAAACUGGGCAAUGGAUCGCAGGAUUUCAAGCUGCAUCUGAUACUGUAAAUUGUUUCUCUUUCCAUCCAUCUCUGCCAUUGGCUGCAUCAUCAUCUGGGAACCGGAGAUUUGGCAUGCCAGACAAAUUGGAGGAGAAUUUGAGUUUGCAUGGCAAUGAGAACUGUUUCUCUGUGUGGUCCUUCUCUUGUCCUGAGGAGGUGAACAAUGCAGCUGCCAAUGAUGAAGCAUUUGAUCGCAGAAACAUAUUGGAACAUGCAAACAGAAAUGGAGAAAACUUCUGAGCUUCUGGAGUAGCUUCUAUUUUGUACAUCAUGAACGGAAGCCUCCUCUCUUCCAGAUGUUGAGUUGGUGCCAUAUGCAUUGUAAACAGUAGCAAUCAAGCAUUUUGCAGCUACUCCUGGUGAUCGCACCUAAGUUGGAUUGGAAGAUUCUGCAUGAGUAUAUUUUGUAUCAUCUGCGUGUCAUUUUUUUGCAUGCAAAGGUGGCUUUGGGGAAGUUUUAUAGAUUCAGCUCUGGUUUGUGACACAGUAAACCUAAUAUUGUUAAAUCCUCAGGAUUGUUGGCUUAGAACUUGUUUAAUUCUCCCCUCGUUCAACCUCAGGAUUUGUGCUGUCAUCUUUUCUGUCUCAGAGAACUCUGUAUGUUGUAUGAAGUGCUUAAAAUCACUUCCAAUAAGUAUAUUGCAAUAUGCUGAAUGCCCCUUCCAUGA